UCAGGACUUGUCUUUUCAUGAUUGUGUAGCUGUGACAUGCUAGCUUCAUAGUCCUAAUAUUACAAUUCACCUCUACUAACAUAAAAGUAAUCUUUUUCAAUGUGCUCCUCACUCAGCUGUACAUCUUCUCACGUUAUUUUAUGUGAAGCUUUCCCUUUUAGCUCGCUCAGGGGCCGGUGAGAGGCGGGACUUAGAGCAAUGUGCAUCAGCUAGUUAGAAGAAUACAAAGUAGUUUCUUUUGAAAACACGAUGAAAGACGCCUUUUUCUCGUGAAUCUCUUAGCACGGACCAGCUCUUUGGACAAAUUUCUGCGCGGGAGAAGUCAGCGUUUCCUUAUUCACCAUAGGUUGAGCCAAUCUGCUAGCUCAGCAUCUCUUCCACCAUGACUGGUGAAGAAGAUGUAAUAGAGCCUCUUGCUCAUGAGACAUCUGCCCAAAAGGUCAGCAGAAGACGCUUCUCACGUGACUGUCACACGCUCAGUCCAGAUGAGAUUGAUGGACUCAUGUCCAGUAGUGAUGGCCGUCCUUUCCUUGUCGUUCAUCAUCUACCAGAAAUCAAAGAAAAAGGCAUUCCCUACUUGAUUCCUGGUGUUCCCAUAACAUGUCAUGUGGACAAUACAGAGAAAUACACUACAAGGUCAAAGGUGCAUGUAGGGACUCUGUACACUGUGCGCCUCACCCAUGGUCCUUUCCACUGGACAAUAAAGCGCAAGUACAAGCACUUUCAGGAAUUGCAUCGAGACUUGUACAAGCACAAGAUGAUGCUUCACUUUAUGCCUUUGGGAAAAUUUGCAAAGGAGAGACACAUGCUUAGAAACAUGUCAGAGGAAAUGCCUAGUCUGCAUGGGACUGAACGCACAAGGAGAACUUCGAGCAAAAUGAAAUACCUAGAAGAAUACCUGAAUGGUUUGUUGGAAAAUAGAUUUUGUAGGAAUGACCACAGCAUGUUGGAGUUUCUAUCAGUGGGUGCCCUUUCCUUCAUCACUGAUCUUGGGCCAAAGGGCCUAGAAGGGCCCAUUGUGAAGAGGUCAGGGGGUCAUCGCAUCCAAGGCCUCAACUGUAUUGGCCACCAUCAGAUUUGUUUCCGCUGGUCGCGCCGCUGGCUCGUGGUAAAGGACUCUUUCCUGUUGUACAUGAACAGGGACAAUGGCAGUAUAAACUUUGUCCUGCUCUUCGAUCCUGAGUUUAAAGUGAAAGUAGGUCGUGCCUACACAGACACUAAAUAUGGAGUGUGUUUUGAGAACUUUGCUCGGAGCUUAAUAAUUAAGUGCAGCAGCUACAGACAGACACAUUGGUGGAGCCAUGAAAUCAACCGUCUGGCAGACUCAUGUGACUACGUCAAGCCACAACGCUUUGAAAGUUUUGCACCGCCACGAGCUGACACACUUACCAAAUGGUAUGUGAAUGGGAGUGGAUACUUUUCAGACUUAGCUGAUGCACUUGAACAAGCCAAGGAGGAAAUAUUCAUUACAGACUGGUGGCUCAGUCCAGAAAUCUACCUUAAGAGACCUGCAACUGAUAAUUACUGGCGACUUGAUGAGAUUCUCAGACGUAAAGCAGAACAAGGAGUCAAAAUAUGUGUUCUGCUUUACAAAGAGGUGGAGCUUGCUCUUGGCAUCAAUAGUGAGCACAGCAAGAGAGUCCUCAUGGACAUGCACCCCAACAUCAAGGUGAUGCGUCAUCCUGACCAUGUCUCCUCUGUGGUGUUUCUCUGGGCUCAUCAUGAGAAAAUGGUGGCCAUUGACCAAACAGUGGCUUUUGUUGGAGGUAUUGACUUGGCCUUUGGGCGGUGGGAUGACAAUCACUACAGACUUACUGAUCUUGGGUUAGCAGAGAAUUCAGAGAAAACUAAAGUUGAUGAUCCUCCAUCUGAACCAGUUCAGGGAGCAGAGACUAACUCUGAGGAUCUGAUUGGCAACUCUAAACUGUGGCUUGGCAAAGACUAUAGCAACUUUGUCAAAAAAGAUUGGGUCCAACUGGAUAAACCAUUUGAAGAUAACAUUGAUCGUUCACAAGUUCCUCGCAUGCCAUGGCGGGAUCUUGCAGCAAAUCUUCAUGGGAAAGCUGCCAGAGAUCUUGCACGUCAUUUCAUCCAACGGUGGAACUUCACAAAAAUUUUCAAGAGCAAAUACAAGGAUGAUUUUUACCCCUACCUUCUUCCAAAGUCCCAGUGCACUGCUGAGGAUCUACCAUUCACGGUACCGGGUGCUAGGAAAGCCAGAGUGCAGGUUUUGAGGUCAGCAGAUCGAUGGUCUACAGGAACCUGCGAAAACUCAAUCCUGAAUGCUUAUCUUCAAACCAUCGAGAAGAGUGAGCACUACAUCUACAUUGAGAACCAGUUUUUUAUUAGCUGCUCAGAUGGAAAGACCGUAUACAAUGGCAUUGGAGAUGCAAUAGUCAACAGGAUCCUGCGUGCACACAGGGAGCAGAAAAAGUACAGAGUUUAUAUUGUGAUUCCUUUGCUUCCUGGCUUUGAGGGAGAUGUCACAUCUGGAGAGGCAAAUGCCAUCAAUGCCAUCCUGCACUUCACUUAUAGGACACUUUGUCGUGGCAAUCAUUCAAUCCUUUCAAGGCUUGGAGAAAUUAAAGACCAGUGGACUGAGUACAUCACAGUGUGUGGCCUGAGGACCCAUGCCCAGCUCUCUGAGUCUUUAGUGACGGAGUUCAUUUAUGUGCACAGCAAGGCCCUCAUUGCUGAUGACCGCUGCUAUAUAAUUGGCUCAGCCAAUAUCAAUGACCGCAGCAUGCUGGGAAGUAGAGAUAGCGAACUGGCUGUGUUUGUGGAAGAUGAAGAGAGAGUGCCAUCUGUGAUGGAUGGACAGGAGUAUGAGGCUGGACCUGUUACACUGGCUCUGCGCAAAGAGUGUUUCAGUGUUCUUGUGGGAUCUGCAUCUGACCCGAGCAUCAACAUUGACGAUCCCAUCAGUGACGAUUUUUUCUUUUUGGUCUGGAAUCAAGCUGCUAGGCAAAAUGACAUUAUUUAUGACAGGGUCUUUAAAUGCUUACCCUGUGACAAAGCCCACACCAUGCGUGAGCUGAAAGAUUACUCUUGUGUGGGCCGUUUGUGUGACACUGACCCAGAGCAGGCUGCUGAGGAGCUCAAAGCCAUUCGAGGACUUCUGGUGCACUUCCCUCUGAAGUAUCUGAAUGCAGAGAACCUGCUGCCUCCACUGGGCACUAAAGAAGGCAUGGCCCCUGUGGGACUCUGGACAUAAUUGCACCAAAAUGUGGCUUGUCUAAUUCUAAAACCAGUGAAGCCACUUCUUAUGAACUAGUUAUUUACAGUGCUUUUUCACUAAUCAUGUUUAGAUUCAGCCUUUAACUUACAAAAAAUUUUAUGGACUGUUACUUUUUUUAUAUGAACGAUAUUUAACACUUACUAACCUGUUUCUUCACUGUGACAAGACCUGUUUCAUAACGUCUACAGUGCAAUGUCAGUGUGAGUACAGACAGCACAGAGGGCACACAUACAAGGACGUGUGAGUCAGAGGUGGACUGCUGGACUGUAUAGAAAGUUGAGCUUCUCCUGAUCAGAGAACAUGGUGUACAGUUAUUGGUGCAAGGGUUUUUGGUGGGUGGCUGUGUCUCUGUCUUCCUUUCUCUCUUUCCCUCGCUCCCUCUGAGGUUUCACCUCUCGCUGCAGUGCCAGCAAAUCUGUCAGAACAUUUGUGGUUGUUAUGGUGACGGAUAUAAAGAGAUGACUAGAUUGUAGCUGAAAUAAAAGCCUGGAUCGGGCAGAAAGAGAGUGUGCCUAAAUAAGGAAAUUGUACCGGAAACCAGCAGCUAAUGUGUCAACAGAAAACUGUAUGUGUGAAUCUACUUAUUUUAGUAGUGAUAAAUAUAUGAACAGGUCAAAGCACUGAAAUGAUGAGAAAACAUUGUGAAUAAUUAUUUAAUAGCAGUCAAUAACGGUUAUCCAGAACAAAUCCAUUCCUCUAUCCAAAGGAAGAAUGCUGUGUGAAUCAAACACAUGCAACAAUUGCAGCUUUGUCAUCAAGUGCCAUCUAUAAUCUAGUAUACUGUACCUAUAUUAGAGAAUAGGUUUCCUGUUAUGCAGUCUGCUAACUUGUAUAUGUUAAAAGUAUAAUUAUUUUAAAAUUUCAAAAGGCAAAGGGCUUCAUAUAAACUAAUAUCAAAUGUUUAUCUGACAAUGAUGAUCUACCUGGAAGUAACACUUUUUCACCUAUGGUUCCAAAUGCACACUAGUAGUAAAGUUACUGAGAAGGCACUGAGCCUUCUGAUUGAGAAUACUGAGAACAUGUGACUUAAAAGCCCACUCAGUACUUUUAAAUACAGGCCUAUGCAGGGUGUUAGCUUUUAAAGAUAAGACUACAUGAGUCUGAGUGAAGACUGGAGAAAUUACAUUGCACUGUGAUACUUUGGCUAUUUUAAAAUAUAUUUGAAAUAGAUUAUUUUGUUUUGUUGCAUUGUUAAGCACAUAUAAGUCACUAAUUGUACUAAAUGGUUAUAUAUGUGGUAUUCUGCAAAGCAAUACCAGAAAAUUAUGCGUUUUACAAGACUUUUUUAAUAAUAAAAAAGUUCAUACGAAAGUCA